AUGUCAAAGCAUUGGGAGCAAAAUAAAGAUGCCACGGUCUACGUCGGCAACAUCGACGAGCGCUUCACGCAGGAGCUGCUCUCCGAGUUGAUGACGCAGGUUGGCCCGGUGCGUCAGGUGCACAUGCCGCAGGACCGCGUGUCGCAGACGCACCAGGGCUACGGCUUCGUCGAGUUCGACACGCCCGCCUCGGCCGAGUACGCCGCCAAGGUGCUCAACGGGAUCCGCGUCUGGGGCAAGCCCAUUCGCGUCAACAAGGCGAGCGCCGACAAGCAAAAGACGGUCGACAUCGGCGCCGAGCUCUUCAUCAACAACCUCGACCCCCAGGUCGACGAGAAGAUCCUCUACGACACCUUCAGCCAGUUCGGCGGCAUCCUGCGCCAGCCAAACAUUGUCCGCGACGACAACAACAUCUCCAAGGGCUACGGCUUUGUCAGCUUCGACUCGUUCGAGGCCAGCGACGCCGCCCGCGCCACCAUGAACGGCCAGUACCUGCUCAGCAAGGCCAUCACGGUCGAGUACGCCUACAAGAAGGACGGCAAGGGCGAGCGCCACGGCGACGAGGCCGAGCGCAAACUCGCCGCCGAGGGCAAGAAGCACAACAUCGUCCCCGAACACCAACCCCUGCCGCCCGCCUUCCACAUGACUGCUCCCGUAGCGGGCGCCCCUACCGCCCCGGCCGCCGCCACCGCCGCGGUCCCCGCGAUCCCACCCGCCAUCGACCCCUCCGCGGCCGUAGUCCCGCCUGUUAGUGUAUCCCCAGUAGCCCCAGUUGCUGCCGCGGGGGCAGGAUAUCCCGGCGUGGUACCUCCCGUUGCUGUUCCCGGGAGCAUGGGCCGUGGCCACGGGCCGCCUCCUGUCCCCCCAUCUUUGGGCGGCAUGCCGCCAGCCGUGGGCGUCCCCGGCCGUAUGGGUGGUGGCCCCCCCGUUGGUGGUGUUCUUCCUCCCGCGCCCUCGGGACUUCCCGCGCGGCCUCCUCCCAGCCAUGCGGGCUUUGGCGGCCCCGUCGGCGGCUUCCACCACCCGCCGCCCGGAUUCCCGGCCCCCGGUGGCCCAGCCGCCCUGGUGCCCCCCCAGCCGCCCAUGUACCCAGGCAUGCCGGUGGUGCCGCCGCCGGGGGGCUUCGCUGGUGCUCCUCCGCCCUCCGGCGCACCGCUACCUCCCCCUGGAUUCAUUCCGCCCCCUGGCGGGAUUGCUCCGCCGGGAUUUGGCGCGCCGCCACCUCCGCCUAAUGGGUUCGUCCGGCGUUAG